ACUAAUUUCUUAGUUUCGGAGAAACAAUCCCACAAAGUUUCAAACUUUUGGCAAAUUAAGCUGUUUUUUUUAGGUUUUAAAUGUUUUUCCGAUGAUGAAGCGGCGAUGAUUGUCGUCGUUGGAGAUAGAUGGAAAUUAGAUCGGAGACUACUCUGAUGCGGAGUGAUUAUAAGCCUCCUCUGAGUCAAGCAAUUCCCAAAGCUCGAUUACAAGUUUGGUUCUUUAGAGUUUGUUCUUGCAUUUUGGUUUGGACUUGUUUGAUUCAGCUCUUUUGGCAUUCCCAAAUCUUCACUGGUUUAACCAAUCACAUUUCUAGAUUCUCUCUCCCGGUUGAAUCAGUUCCAUUACCGCCUCCUCCUCGAAGGAAUUAUACAAGUAAUGGGAUUUUACUAGUUUCUUGUAAUGGUGGUUUGAAUCAAAUGCGUGCUGCGAUUUGUGAUAUGGUUACUGUUGCUAGGCUAUUGAAUUUGACUCUUGUUGUUCCUGAGCUUGAUAAAAAAUCAUUCUGGGCUGAUCCAAGUGACUUUGAGGACAUUUUUGAUGUAAAGCAUUUCAUUGAUUCGUUAAGAGAUGAAGUUAGGAUCAUAAGGAGACUUCCUAAACGGUAUAGUAAGAAGUACGGAUACAAAUUGUUCGAAAUGCCGCCUGUGAGCUGGUCCAACGACAAAUAUUACUUGCAACAGGUAUUGCCACGAUUCAGUAAACGUAAAGUUAUACAUUUCGUUAGGAGUGAUACGCGAUUGGCGAACAAUGGUCUUUCUCUUGACCUUCAAAGGCUGAGAUGUCGAGUUAAUUUUCAAGGACUGAAAUUCACUUCGCGGAUUGAGGCUUUGGGAUCAAAGUUAGUUCGGAUUCUUCAACAAAGAGGGUCUUUUGUGGCUUUGCAUCUGAGAUAUGAGAUGGACAUGUUGGCUUUCUCUGGUUGCACUCAUGGUUGUACCGAGGAAGAAGCUGAAGAACUCAAAAAGAUGAGGUAUGCAUAUCCAUGGUGGAGAGAGAAAGAGAUAGUCUCAGAAGAAAGGAGAGUGCAAGGACUGUGUCCUCUAACACCGGAGGAGGCGGUUUUGGUCCUUAAAGCAUUGGGGUUUCAGAAGGAUACACAGAUAUACAUUGCAGCUGGUGAGAUUUAUGGUGGUGCAAAGAGAUUAGCCCUUCUAAAGGAAUCAUUUCCACGAAUUGUGAAAAAGGAAAUGCUAUUAGAUCCAACAGAAUUACAACAGUUUCAGAACCAUUCAUCUCAAAUGGCAGCUCUAGAUUUCAUAGUAUCUGUAGCCAGCAACACUUUUAUUCCUACCUAUUAUGGAAACAUGGCAAAAGUUGUUGAAGGUCAUCGAAGGUAUCUCGGGUUUAAGAAAACAAUCUUGCUAGACCGGAAGAGACUUGUGGAGCUUUUGGACUUACAUAACAACAAAACGCUCUCUUGGGAUCAGUUUGCAGUAGCUGUCAAGGAAGCUCAUCAAGGACGACGAAUGGGAGAACCAACACAUCGGAAAGUUAUCUCCGAUAGACCGAAGGAAGAAGAUUACUUCUAUGCCAAUCCUCAAGAAUGUAUCACUAACCACUAGAGCAGGAUAAGUUUAGUUCUCGUUUCUUUCUUUGUUUAUAGACCUUUUUCAGUUUCUGUAAAGUAUGAGAUGAAACUAAAAAGAAUGUUGUUGU